AUGCGCCAGACACGACUUACAGACUUCUCUGGCUCCCAAAGAAACAGCUGUGAGGGUGAGGGUUGUCGUGGGACCACUACCACGACUGAAGCAGAUCAGUGGCAUUCCAUCUUUUAUGAUGUUGCUGCAAAAUGUGGACACCCGCCACCAGUCGGUGAUAACACUGAAUCUCCCUCAUUGCCUUACACAAGUGUGCAGAAGCGUAGCUACAGAAGGGCCUGUCGACGGGCCAUCAACACAGGCUAUGCUCAUUACCAUGGACAGAAAUUGCAGGUGACAGAUUUUCCUGCGGCACUGGUCCAGAAACUUCGACCCUGUGCUGAGACUGCAGUCGAGGCCUUGCCCAUGAAGGCCCAAGCUCCUUGGGUUGGAACCACAUCCUAUUGCUGGAAUCAACAGCGUUUCUUUGGCAUGGCAUCAUCGAAGCCGUUAUGGUGUCUUGCAGAGACAGCAACAGAAACAGGUCCGGCCAGUCUUCCGACCUAUACUGACUGUGCACCGGGAGUGCCCUUCUCCCAAGAUGAUCUGACCCGGGCCAUCACUAAGUUGCUGAAUCCCUUUAUCAACAAUUGCAAAUUUGGUGGAGUCAUAGUCAUGGCCGAACCUGCUGAGUUGUCUCCAGACGGUGCUCCUGUGAUGCCACCGUCAUCGCCUGCCGUGCCGAGUGUGAAUACACUGAGUUUCCAUGUCAUGACCCAAGCCUUCUGGCCUGAGCUACAGAGGUUGAUAUCAGGGGCAGACUGGACACAAUUCCCACGCAAUGCAGACAUGCUUGAAUACCUGACUCAUCACUGUGCCAUUUGCGGACUUUGGUGCAAUCGUUUUCAGGAGCUGCAUGGCCAUUUUCGUCAGACACACCCAGACCAGGUGCAGGGCUGUGUUGCCAAAGGUGCGCAACUUUCGGUGCUCAUGCAGACCACGUCACCGUGCAGCCUGUGCCAAAGACCUUACAGUAGGGUUCAUAGCUGUCCCACUGCGCUGCAAAUUGGCAUGCUUGUGAUUCAGCUGAGACCGGAGGAGGAUCGGCAAGCAGUAGCAUGCACAUGUGACAUCUGUGCCAUGCCCUUUCCUGACCUGGGGGCGUUGUAUGGUCACUUGACCAAUACCCAUGGACUGACUCUCAAUGAUUGGUGCCCUUCCAGGGACUCCCAUCAAGGGGGCGAUGGCUGCCGCCAUUGUGGCAUCAUUUUUGAUAGUCGCUCAGGUUUGCGGCGUCACAUCACUGAGGGUAGGUGUGAGGCCUUCAACCCGGCUGCAACACCGCAUCCAAAUGAUACCACCGAAAAAUGGGGGCCUUGGCUGCAGACUUGCAAUUUUGAACCACAGGCUCUCACGGCCCAUAUGCGGCUACAGCUGACCAACACAUGUCAAUUUUGCGGCCUGGCUUAUUCCCGCACUGGGGAUUUGGUGGCACACCUUCUGCAGUCGCAUGGGGACCUAUGGGUGGGAUCACAACCUUGGCUUCGCUUCCUGCUUCAGACGGUCAUGGCCAAACGUGGAUGGUAUCAGGCUCCAGUUCUCCUUCAUCACCUGUUGGUUCAACAUCCCCAGACCUGCGCGUGGACACUCUUUUGUCACCUGACCGCUGCCAACUCCAGCACCAACAUUUUGCGACAAAUUGCCCGGUUGUCCUUCAGAUUGCAGCCCUUCUACAUCCGCUCCAUGGACGCCCUGAUGGAUCCCAACGAUCAAGCCCUGAUGGAUGGCCUGCAGGCAUUAGGACCACUGCUGUUGGGCGCCAGAAAACACUUGGAUGGAAACGACGAUCACCAGCCGAAACGGCACAAAGCAGCAGCCAAAGACGCCGCCUCCAACGACCAGUCGGCCGAGGCGAUGGCGUCGAUGCUGCGCCUGAUGGCUCAAUUGACCCUGAGUCACGAGCGCUCCAUCCAACUGCAGCUCCGACAGGAUUGCUUCGUUUUGUUUGCUCAAGACCGCCCGGAGGGCAUCAUACCGCAUCUGAAGGUGUUGGCACAGAGCUGGAAGGAGAAAGCGCCGAGCCACGUGGACGAUCUGAAAUGGCCCAAUUUGAGGACGCACCUGAUGGCAGGAGUGGUGGCGGAACUACACUGCCGAGUGCAGCAGCUGGCGGCCUCGAAGAAAGGCGAACAACUCUGGGACCUGGCAGUGGAGAAAGGAACCUUGCUCCCGGACGGGAGCUGGGGGUACCAGAAGUGGUGUCCAGAAUCGAAGCAGCUGAAGAGAGCGGCUCGGGCACCUCUCUCCAUGCAACAGAUGUUGAGGAACCUCCAGUCGUUGGAGGAGCUGCUUCAGUCGAACAGCCAUGUCCAGAAGUUCCACAGCCUGCGGACCGAUCAAUCCACGGUACCAUGGCUCCUACAGCUUUCUCAUCGAGACUCAGACGCUUGGUACCUGCUCCAGGACCUUUGCCAGAACACAGCUUGGCGCAAUUUUCAGUACCUUGACUGGGGCGCACAAGCGGCCACCCUGCAGACCAUUCUGAAUGAUAAUGAUGGCACUCCCUUUCCUUUGGACACACAGGACUGGUUUGAAACACUUAUCCAUGGAUGGAAUGAUCAACAGGGCCAAGCUGACAGUGCGGAGUUUGGACAUAGACUUGCCAGUUGGCUCAACUCGGAAGCCUUGUCCAACAGCUGGGAAAGACGCGUGAGCACUCAGGCUGCCAAUCUUGUCCAUGACCAUGGUGAUCGAUUCAUGCCCUUGACAUUGCAAUUGGAUCCAGCUAUGAUAGUUGAUAACGAAAUCUCCCUGACGAUGCUUCUCAGGCUGUGGAGUGCUGAGCUGGGGAUGUGUGCGGGUCUCUCAGAUCCUCGUGAGUUGUUGGUGAUUCAUGUGGAACGUCUGGUCAUGACACCCACGGGUACUCUUUACAAGCACCCGGCGAUCAUCAACUUUGCGUGGGAGGUCCAGGUCCCGGUGAUGACAGCUGCCUCUGAACUGUGUACGGUGCCUUACACCGUGGUUGCCGUUGUGGCACAUUUGGGCGACACCCAGGGAGGGCACUAUCAAACAAUGUUGAGGACCUAUCCUGAGGUAUCCAACCUGGCUGCCCCCAGCAUGUGGAUGUUUUGUGAUGACAACAGACUCCCUGAACGCGCCGUGGUGCUGGUGGGGCAGCUGCUGCAGAUCCCUACAACCUUUUUCGGCUUCUACCACCAGCACUUCCUCCACCUGAAGUUGACCAUUAAUUUUUCUUUCUCCAUUUCUGGCCUUUUCAGUGGGGGUGGCUCCCUGGCUUUCUUUCAGUACAUGGGGUGGAACACUGCGACCUUCCACGCAGAGUGGGCAACCAACUUUUACGUGUGGCUUGCUAUUCUGGCCGCCUCCCUGGCACUGCUGCUGGACAACGGGCCCUUCAGUGCGCAGGAGAGGAGACCCACUGGCCAUUUUCAGGAGAAUGGCAACAACCUGACUACUACUGCCUGCACAGUGGUAGCGGUGCACGUGGGGCAGAUUCCAUCGCGAAAUAAUUUGAUUGCACUGGGAGACUGGAACACGUCGCUGACGAAGUGCUCCACGUCCACGGGAUUGGCCACCUAUGCAGGUGAUACAGGUUUGGCACUUGGCGCCGCAACGUGCAGCGGCGGGAUGGACAAUGCGAAAGAGGCCGCUGAUAUGCUGCAGGAGUGGUUCCAGCAACUCUACAAUGACGAUAGUGCACCACUCAGCAGAACUCGACUGCAGAGUUACCCACAAUUCGCCUACAUGAGACGACGAGGCUCAACGCCCAGGGCAGUGAGCGGAGGCGCCAUGCUCAGCCUUGACCUGUCAAAGGCAUUUGACAACGUGAAUCGUGAACGUUUACUGUUGUGUUUGCGACGAUUGGACAUUUCAGAGGUCCUCGAAGAGGUCUACACCGCGGAGAUCAGACGUUGUCAACAACUGGAAGUGCAUGCGCCGGACCUGGAAGAUGUUGAACAUCGACUACGAGUACAGGAACUGAUACAGUUUGCAAGAAGUAGACAGAUCCAGGCUCUGGCAGCCAAUCAGGACAGCUCAAUGAUGGACGAACUUUCCAUCGACCUGCAUUGCCUGGUGGCCCAGGCGGUGGAGCAGGAUCGAGCAGAAGACCUCCUUCAGCACGAGGACAUCAGAUUCUUCAUGACCACCAGGUUAGAACACGAACGUCAACUACAGCCUCAGAUUGCCCCGCUUCCACCUGACCUGGUGCUUAGUGCGGCGGAGCAGAUCGAACCACUGCUGUGGCUUGGCUGUGCACACCUGCUGUAUGACAAGGUAGAAUUGCGCAUUGUCCUGACCAAGGUUUGUCAGAUUUGCGGACAGAACUGUAGAGAUGGCACGGCAUUGCAACAGCAUCUCAAUGAUGCACACCCGCAUCACAUGGAGGACGUACGGAUGUUCAAGGAGAUGUUCCAAUGGAGCCUCUUUCAGGAACAAGGAUGCUUCUGCAACCCAUCCCCUGGAUGGGGGGAACCGAACCAUGAGUGCGUGGGCCUCACACAGCUGGCAUGGAUUGCACAAUCGUUCAAUUGGCAGGUGGUACUACCAUGGGCCUUCAAAUCCAAUGAAUUGGUCACUGAACUCAGCGAUGCACUACCACUGCAAGCCUUGCAAAGAGUCACCCUUGCGUUGAUGGCCAGGAACUUUCACAAACUGUGGCAGGACACAGACUUAGAGGUGAUGCUGAAGACACGAUAUCUCCUGUGCCAAGAAUAUGUCUCCUUAGGAUACAUCAAGUCACACCUCAGUGUUCAGCAUCAAGUGACCCUGGACAAAGUCAAAUACGUGAUGCCUCAGGUAGCAGCCGUCUUUGCAGACAUGAACUCAGAAGUGUGGCAUUGUGAAUGGUGUGCUGGCCUUUUGCCAACAUGGAGCACCAAUGAAGAAUUCGUGCCUGAUCACCUCAGACACAUGAUGGAAUGCCCAUAUGUGAUGCAAAUCGCACUGUUGCUGAUGAUGCCGAAGUGGCACAGUCCCGCUUUGCAGCCACUGACAUGGGCCUCUCAGGACCACAUCGCCUCAGUGCGUCGUCAACAUCAACUGCAACAAUGGCAGCUGCAUGCAGGAAUCUCAGACACAUUUGGGAUGUCAAUGGAAGCGUUGGCACAGUAUGGACUGCAGUUCAUGCAGGACCCGUUGAUUGCAGAACAAGUGAGCUUCAGAUGUUUGCUUUGCACCAAAUGUUUCUUCAUGUCCACGAAGUUUGAACAGCACUUGCACACAGAUCACAAUUUUCAGCAGAUGCAAACCCUGAUGUGCUAUCAUCGGCUAGCACUCCACUGUGGAUCAAGCUGCCAAUUUUGUGGCAAGACGCAUUCGACUGAUCAGUGCAUCCCGCUGUUGAAUCUUGCAGUUUACUUAGUCAACGGGUAUGGCAUCCGAGGAGCGCACAGACCAAGACUCAGUGGCACAGAUGUGGGGAGCACUACUCAACAAGGAACAGAUGCAACAACUGGGCCUGACCAAACCCAACGGAAGAACCAGAGACAAGAAGCGGCCCAAGACUGGCGACAAUCGCCCAGAUCGACGCUCACCUUCUUCUUCAACAACGGAGGUGCCGACAGAGCUCCUUCAACAACUGGUGCGUCUGUCACUGCGUCACGAAGACAGCAUCAACUGCCUGAUAUCCUUAUGGAAGCGGAACCGACAGAGGAUCUGUUUCAGGACUGUGUUCGGUACCAUUUGGUGGUCAACAACAAGGACAAGACGAUGCCAUUUCUGCGUUGGGACCACCAACAUCGAUGCCUUCAGCCGACAGACGCCCCUGGAAUCCCGAUUGCGGUGGCCUACAAGAACAUCUGCAGCAUUGUGAGACUGAUGUCAGACAGCAAUGUGACUCUUCGUUUUCAUGCGCUCAAGCGCCUUCAGGAGGAUCAGACGCCCCAGCCGGUGCCAUGGCUAUGGACGGUAUCAUUACGCAACAGUCCAGAACUUCAGCAGCAACUGGCGGCACUCUCACAUCACGCCAUUUGGCAGCUCAUUCAAGUGAGGCUGAAGCCCAAGACUCUGGCAAGACAACCACUUGCGGUGCAGCUCCAGAAGUCUCUGUGA